AUGAGCGUCGUUGCAAAAGGCUCUACCGUCCUGGUCACUGGGGCCAACGGCUACAUAGCUGGCCAUGUCUGCGAUCAACUACUGCAAGCCGGCUACAAAGUCCGUGGAACGGUUCGCUCGCACGAAAAAGGGAAAUGGAUGUACGAGCUCUUCGACAAGAAAUAUGGAAGCGGCCAAUUCGAGGCCGUUGAAGUCCCCGACAUGGUGGCCGACGGCGCCUUCGACAGCGCCGUCAAAGGAGUGAGUGGCAUCUGCCACGUUGCCAGCGUCCUUUCCUUCAGCAACAAAGCCGACGAAGUCAUCCCGCCAGUGGUGAAAGGCACACUGAGUGUCCUAACAAGCGCCACGAAAGAAGCAGGCAUCAAAAGCUUCGUGCUCACCUCCUCUUCCACGGCAGCAUUGAUGCCGGUUCCCAACAAGGAGAUCAUCGUCACCAAGGACAGCUGGAAUGACGAGUCAGUAAAGCAGGCGUACGAAAGCAAGGACCCCGAUGGCUUCGUCGUCUACGGAGCCAGCAAGAGCGAAGGCGAGCGUGCCCUCUGGAAAGCCGUCAAGCAAACCAACCCACCUUUUCAAGUCGCCUCCGUACUGCCAAAUCUGAACAUCGGCGAGAUUUUACGGCCCGGUGGAGCCAUGUCAGCAAGCACGGGCAGCUGGGUCCCCAAGCUCUUCCAAGGCGAUAAAGAGCCUCUCUACUUCCCACCUCAGUGGUACAUCGAUGUUCAAGAUACCGCUCGCCUGCAUGUCGCCGCUUUGAUCGAUCCUUCGUGCAACGGGGAACGAAUCUUUGGCUUCGCUAAGCCAUACUACUGGAAUGAGAUCCUGGAGAUCUUGAGGAAGAAUUUCCCACAGAAGCAGUUUCCGGGAGAUAUCAACCUAGACAAGGAUCUCAGCAAGGCACCUAAUGAAGACGCAGAGGCGUUGCUGCAGAAGCAUUUUGGAAAGACGUGGUCGGGGCUGGAGGAGACAGUCUUGAGGAAUCUUGCUCAGCUGGUCUAG